AUGCGUGCAAUUCUCAAGUCAAGUACAGUUCUGCUUGCUCUCUCAUAUCUCGGUCUCAUCAGGGCCGAUGACAUCCCCCGCUUGGUGGACACUGCAGCUUCUGAUGGCACAGGCUAUUGCGGAGAUGCCAGCUUUAUCAACCAGUCCUCAGGCGGCUCGCCGUUGGUUUCCGACUGUGAGGCGCUGCGCCAGAAAAUUCGCGACUCCCGCCUCGCAUAUGCAUUUGCAGGCUACGGGAAUAAUCACUGGGUCCCUUUCGACAGCUACGGGUCCUGCGUCAUCGGUUUCUCCUGCCAAGGCCCGUAUGGCGUGUACUGGUGUGAAGUCGAUUCUAGGGAUGCCGCGGAUCUAAUUACCUCGAGCAUCGAGAAGUUCAGUUGGGACGGCAAGGUCGGUGCGAAGGGCCAAAUGCCGUGCGACUCUAGGGAUGGAGUGCAGCACCUAUCUGGUGUGGAGGGUCCGCAGGUCGAGGAUCAAGAAAGAAUCAAGCGUCAAGACGUCCUGGAAGGUCCUCGGGCUGGUAUACUCGCAGACGACGGGCAGCUAUGGAACCCGGCCUACUACUCCUACCUACUCUUUGGAUACCUCGAAGAAGGAGAAGGCCGGCAUGUUGUUGGGGACCUCGCCCUUGCGGCGCACCUUAUCCUUGCUAGUGCCACCGCGACAAGACUAGGAGCCCUUAUCGGCCAAUUGCUUUACGAGCAUUUGGAAUUCCAGCUCUUCCGGCCGCUCAAGGGCGAAAAGAGGCCGCGAAUCGCCCGGUGUCUAAAUACUCUAAUGUGUGAACACUUCGGCGUCUAA